CUGUGUGCAGUUACCGCCACUUGUGGUAAAACUGUUAUAUCGAAACUCCAACCGUAACCCCGUCUGUUAGAUUAGUGAAACGCCUCUGGUUCCUGGUACUACAGCAAAUACAAAGGUAGUAAGAACAGCCUGAAAAGCUUAUUUAUGGUACGAAGGACCAUGUUUUCCAAAGCAAAGAUCAGAAAGACCACCAGAGGGCGGGCUUUCUUGCCUCAGCAUUACAAACUUAUUCUGACACAGGCUCUUUAGUUUGUGUAACUCUUUAUUGUAUCGCUUAUUAUUUUCUAAUCCGAUUAUUGCAGCGGUUUUCAAACAUAAAUUAAUGAAUGAACAUCUAAUCUUUCCUUAGCACACUAAAACAUCGUAGUUAUCACUUUGCUUUAUUGAAUAUCAUGUUCUGCUCAAUCUCCUCAAAAGAUUAUGGGAAAGCCGAAAGCGCGUGACUCCUGGCAAUCCAACGCGGUCUGGGUAAUCGCUGAGAGCACAAGCGCGCGCCCUACAUAAACACGUGCGUGUGCUCGCUAUGUGUUAUUGAAGGCGAGGCGUGACAACGGAGGCGCGUUCACGUGUUCGCCACCGGUUCCAGAGAGAGGUAGAGAGCAUCACAACACUGGCAAACAGCUUCCUCUGCCCGAAUAGCGAAAGAGGACAACAGGGAAUUUAGAGGGUAAAUUACAGGGAGGCUUUGCGCCAAGGAGCCAAGGGGAGACGAGCAUCCACCCUUGCAGCAGCAGUGACAAUCGUAGAAGGAGCAGAUUCGUGGAUUUUCCGUGUCAGUUGCCCGGUGCUCCACACACCCUGUGCCUUUGAAUCAGCAGCGGGGAGGAGGGGAGGACCAGAGGAGGCUGUGCAGAGAGGAGGAGGACCAUGGAGGGGAUGCAGGCAUACGGAGCCGGGAAAGCCGGAGGAGCCUUCGACCCCGUCACCUUCUUCCAACAGCCUCAGACCAUUCUCCGCAUAGUGUCUUGGCUCUUCUCCAUCGUGAUCUUUGGCUGCAUCGCCAAUGAGGGCUACAUCAACCGCCCCAACGAAGUAGAGGAGUUCUGCAUCUUCAACCGCAACCAGAAUGCCUGUAAUUAUGGCGUCUUUAUGGGUUCCAUGGCCUUCCUCUGCUGCAUGGCCUUCCUGGCUCUGGACGUCUACUUCCCCCAGAUCACCAGCGUCAAAGACCGUAAAAAGGCAGUGCUGGCUGAUAUCGGGUUGUCAGCGUUCUGGUCCUUCAUGUGGUUUGUGGGUUUCUGUUUCUUGGCAAACCAGUGGCAGGUAACCAAGCAUGAGGACAACCCACUGAGGGAGGGAGGGGAUGCUGCCCGGGCAGCCAUCACCUUCUCUUUCUUCUCCAUCUUUACCUGGGGCGCUCAGGCUCUCUUCUCUAUGGAGAAGUUUAAGAAUGUGUCAUUUGAAGAGGAAUACACCAAGCUGUUCCCCCCUCAGCCCAGUCAACAUUUUGUCUGACUCUGCUCUGUCCUCUCCCCCUGCUGCCUUAACACUUCACAGCUGGCCCUACACACUUCUGUUACACGAAUGUGGAUACGUUUUUUUUAAGGGCACCUGGUAACAUUAAAUAGUGCUGGAAAUGAGUGUGAUCCACCAGUACAGUACAAGAAAACAGUUGUACCAUCAUUGAUACCAGUAAGAUAUUGCUUAAUGUUUUUGCCACCAUAGUUAAAUAACUGCCACAUUAUAAUGAUAAUGCCUGUGCAGGUGGGUUGAUUCAAUUGUUGAUCGUGAUUCAACAAUUACAUCACCAAAUGCUGAGAUUUCUGGCCUUAAAAACACCUACUUAAAUACCUGUAAUCUGUUUUAGAAUGGAAGCUCCCAGCUGUAGCUUCACCGCCAAACCUGGAGCCCUUAAACAAGUGCAAUUUACAGAAGAGGCCACUACUUCAUCUUAUCAUUAACAUGAGGGUUUAGUGCAUUAUCUUUUAUUGUGGGGAUCAGAAUUUUUAACGUGAUGGUUUUUAUAUGAAGUGAUUUUGUUUAAAACGUGAUUUCUCAGAUUUUUGCAAUGAGUUUUUAUACAUUUGUCAGAGUGCAUUGCUUAAAACAGAAACACACCUUUUCACUUU